GGAGCUUCGGUCAGUUGAUAGUGAUGUCCCGUUCCCCUCUUCUGUCGCAUGCAGGCCUUGAAGCAUCUGAGUCGCCUCCCAUGUAUAUAAAGUCAGACCAUCCCAGGUCUAAGAUCCUCCUUCUAGUGUGACGAGAGAAACUAACCAUCAACCUCCUUGUUUCUUGGUUUCUCAGGUCCUCUUAUUCUGCUCGCUAGAAUGUGGUUCUCAAGCACCGCGUGGCUGCUGCCAUUGGCACUUGCAGGAAGCGUCCAGGCGCUACCGAAAGGUGCUAAGAUUGGCACAACAGCGUCGCACGUCAGGAAAGACGGAAUCACGUACAACGUCUUUCAACAUGCUGCCACUGGCGCCAGGUUGGAAUAUGUCAACAACUCUGGUAUUUGUGAGACCACAAAAGGCGUGAAUCAGUACAGUGGCUACUUAAGUGUAGGAGAGAAUCAGAAUAUGUUCUUUUGGUUCUUCGAGAGUCGCAACAACCCGCAACAGGCACCCCUCUCUGCCUGGUUCAACGGCGGCCCCGGCUGCUCUUCCAUGAUCGGAUUGUUCCAGGAGAAUGGACCCUGCCACUUCGUCAACGGCGAGGAGACUCCGUCUUUGAACGAACAUAGCUGGAACAACUUUGCCAAUAUGCUCUACAUUGACCAGCCGAUUGGGGUAGGCUUUUCGUAUGGAGAUGACCCUGUUGAUAGCACGUGGACUGCUGCUCCAUAUGUUUGGAAGUUCCUCCAGGCCUUCUAUGAGCAUUUCCCACAGUACGAAAGCCGCGACUUUGGCAUUUUCACCGAGUCAUAUGGCGGUCACUAUGGCCCCGGCUUCGCUUCCUAUAUCCUGAACCAGAACAAGGCUAUCGAAGCAGGCAGUCAAAAGGGCGAAAAGGUGAACCUGGUUGCUCUGGGAAUAAAUAAUGGCAUGUUCGACUCAGCGCUCCAAGAGAAGGCUUACAUCACGUUUGCAUACAACAAUACUUACAGACAGCUCAUUGAUGAGUCGUUAAAAGACAAGCUUCUGGGGGAUUACGAGUCUCAAUGCCUUCCAGCUGUUCAGAAGUGCCAACAAACUCAAACAAAUGAGGACUGCCAGAACGCCGGCUCAGUGUGCGGAGAGACAGUUGAAAAUCCAAUCAUGCAAGCGGGUGUUGACUUUGAUGUCUAUGAUAUACGAGCACCAUCCAACGAUCCCAAUCCGCCAUCGACAUACUCCAAGUAUAUCACAAAGCCCGAAGUAGUGAAGGCAAUCGGUGCGAGAUCGGAUUACCAGGAAUGCGCGAAUGCGCCCGGCCAGAAAUUCCGUGGUACCGGAGACGAAUACCGUUCAACCCUCCCAGACUUGUCUGCAGUCAUUAAGGCAGGAGUCAACGUUCUUGUCUGGGCAGGCACAGCAGACUAUAUAUGUAAUGUCGAUGGAAGCAUCGCUGUGGCGAAUGCAGUUGAUUUCCCAGGACACGACGAAUUUCAGGGCAAGGCCCUUGAGGCCUAUAAGGUCAACGGAAAGGAAACUGGACAGUUCAAGUCUGUCGACAAUUUCCAUCUCCUGACAGUAGCCGAUGCUGGGCACGAAGUUCCCUACUACCAGCCGGAAACCGCCUACCAGGCCUUUACCCAGAUCCUGCAGAAGAAGCCGCUUUCCUCCACAUAAAAUCUGUGAGUUGAGGAGUUGUCCUUGUGGAAGGCAUUAUAAACCAACACCAGCAGUGAUGGAUUCGAACUCGGAUGUGUUAGGGGUCAUCAGAUAAUAUGUGAUGCUAUAUGGCACUUAGUUAUUGAGAUCAAGUUCCCAAGCCAGCCAUGGAAUUGCAUAUAGUCAUGUUAUUUUAUUGUAAAUAAGGAUGCAGGCAACAGCUUCUGUUGCCAAGAAUCGUGAAUACGUUGUAUAUCUGCCAUUAUUGGUCUAUGACUUAGUAUAAGACUGAAGCAAGUAGUGCAACUUGAUGGAAUGAAAAGCAGACUGACCUAUGUUUAUAUAUAAUGAUUCAAGUCUUGCUUACCCAACCAUACCCUGUAUACAUUAUUCAUGGACUGGUGGAGAGAAAGUCUACCGGAUACCUCAUAACUAACAUGGGGCACCAGCAUAAGCCUUGCUUUUCAAUAAGAUGCGACAGCCUGCGAUUGGACAGUGUUAGUCAACCCCUGUCCACAAGUUGACUAGUCCGUUAGCAUUUAUGCAAAAGAGAG